AUAAAAAGGCAACAUGGUAAACUUUAUCGAUGCCUAGUGAUUAUUUAUCUAAGAGACUCCAUACAAUUUCCCUGUUAUCACAGCCACGCGGAAAGGUAUAAAAGCUUCAUACGAAAUCACAGUCCACCACUUGCCUUGUCUCUGGAGCUCACAGUGUUGGUGAUCAAAUUUCCUCUUACAGUUCUGGAAAAAGUGCCUAAAGUGAACCCCAAAAGAAAUGAAGUUGAUUGUGAUCAUUCUGGCCACCCUUGUGGCUCAAGGAUAUUCUCAGCGAUAUUGCUACAUUUGCAACAACUGCAAUGAUCCCUUUGAUACCAGUGGUCACGAUCGUGUUCGAUGCACAGCUGAUAAUAUCUUCCAGCCUCCAGUAGAGGAGACACCACCCCCAGCUGAAACUACAACGCCCCCAUUAAAUACUCCAACGACGACAACAGGCCCAGUAACACAGUCUACGGACUCACAACCUCCGUCAGACACUCCCCCUGGUCCUCCAUCUGAAACCCCAACAACCACCCUCUUUCCACCAACUCCUGCAGGCCUUCCACCCCAAGGCCUAUUGCGGAGACGAAGGAACAUUUCUCCUAUUAAUGAAGUCCAGGAUCCCACCCAAAAUCAAGCUUUCCGUUGCUUUAUUGCUCACCGCGACGUUGGUGGAGAAGUCCAGACCCAGAGAGGUUGCACGGCCUAUAUUGGUGAAGCAACAUGUGCGUUAUUGGGAGUUGCUGGAGAUAAUUGCAGAAUUUGCGACAGCGAUGGUUGCAAUAGUGGCGCAAGAUUUACCUUGUCAAUCUUAACGCUCAUCACCGCACUUUUCAUCGCAAUCCGACUUCAUUAAGUUCAAACUGAUGGGAACAAGAAGUGUAUUUCUAUGUGAGACUUAUCGUCUCCUAGUUAGCUCGUUAGAUCUUAAUUGCCAAUUAUGUCAACAAUCUAUUUAGCUAUUGCAUAUUUUUUUUCUAAGUUGUUCUAAGAAUAGCAUGUACAUACAAUGUGACUAAUCAGAUUAGUCACAUAGACUUAUUUAUUAAGUACUGAAAGUGCACAAAAUGCAAAUUAGCAAAAAACAUUGUCUCAUACUCAUUUAUUAGGAUCAUAUCUCAUGUAAUCUGAUGUUUUAAUAAAUUAAUUUGAUUGAUCACAUUAAAAUGUGUUUAACUUACAUUUCAGCGUAUAAAAUACUUUUUAAUUUCACACAAGCUCUAGGCUUAGUUAACAAUUAAAUUUAAAAAACAUUUUAUGUAAACCAUGUGAGUAAUAAAAUUGAGAAAAAAGUA